AUGAAUGCCAAGGCAGAGGCCGAGCAUGAUCCCACAGUCCGGACCUUCACAAACUGGCUGGCCGAGAUGAAGGUCCAAAACAACAGGACCGUGCAAGAGAUUCUUUCCGAGACGUCCAUCAUCCGCGACAGCAUAACGGCGAACAACAUGGAACUGACAGACUUCAAGCGCCAUUCAAGCAGUAUUUCCCAACAGAUGCAGUCUCAGCUCACCGACCUGCGAGAGAAGUUGACCAGUGCCUUCGGGGAAAUCACGGCUUUGGUGAAGCAGAAGACACAGUCCGACUCGGAGAUGAUGCAGGAUGUGAACACACUGCAGCAGAACCUCUCUCAGAAGACCUACGAGCUCGAAGCUCUCAAGAAAUCAUAUUCCCAGGCGCACCAGCACUUACAAAGCUCCCUCAUCCAAAUGCAGAACCAUUUGCAAGUCACUCAGAAUGAGGUGAGUACGGCUAAGUCUUCUUGUGAGCGUGUGCAGCGGGAAAGCACACAACGGUUCUCGCAGCUGGAAUCCAGCCUCAAGUCGAUGACGGAGGACUACAGCCGCGGGACAGGGGAGGUUCAUAAGCAGAUGCGGCAGCAACUCGGACUCUCAACAAUCAAGCUCCGCGAGCUAGAGGUUAUGCGAGCGACUGUGCCACGACUCACGACUUUCCGUGUCUCCGCGGCUCUGCUGGGUGCCACCGCAGGGGAGGCAGGGGAAGGGGAGGGGCCAAGCUUGCAAUGCUCCGUCUUGGAGGGCUCCACGAGGGGGUCGAACUGGAGAGACUGGUCCGGGAGGGAAGAUGAAAGCGAGCAGUACAAGUUCGGAGACUUCUCCCGCGGUGUUCUGCAGCAGGUGCAGGCUGGCAUGCGCGACCUGAAGCACAAGGUGGCGGACAAGGCCUUGUCCUUGAAGGAGGAGCAUGAGAGUAAGGCUGCCGAGUACGUCCGUGAACUGGUGGCUUCUGACCAGAGCCAGGAGGGACAACACGUCUCCACCGUCGAAGAGUCGAAAGCGACGACGACGGCGGAGCGUUUCUGGACGAGCCUAUGCAAGGAUGCACACAGGGACCAUUGCAGCGAAGAAUUGGUUCCCGAUCCUUCCAGCUGUGGAACAUUGCAGGUCCAGGUGCUGCAGCUUGGCUCUCCGGAGCUCCUGAAAGCGGACGGGAAGGCGGCCCGAAAACCGGUGCUGCUGCUGAGUCUUCAUGGCCGCCGCAGUGGCGCCCUCCGUGACGGCGGCACGGCAACCUUCGAGGUGAUGGAUGUGCUGGGCUCCGAUUUGGCGGUUUACUGCUUCGACAGGGGCAGUUCCACAUUUGCCAUCGGAAUGGAAGACCAAGCAUUCUGCGGUGGUUGCUUCUUGCCUUUGACGUUGCUCGGACAGCCACGUGCCGGACGAUUCUGGGAUGGCAUGCGCAACAGCUUGUACCAGCAAGUGUUCAGCACCGAACUCCGGCUUCGCCUGCUGCCGCUCGUGUUGAUGCGUGGUAAGGAAAAGCUGGAGCCUGGCGAUCUCACCGGUGCUAAGCUUCCCAAGGUGCAGCCCGGCAUCGUCGUGUUGCGACUGACGCUGCAUCUGACGAAGUCUCCAGCCAAGCUGUGUUUCCGUCCUUACAGCUCCCGAAAGCCCAUCGUGGCCGAACAGAAAGGGCACGUCAGCGACCCCUUCAGCGUUCUCAAUGCGGCUAGCAAGGCUGUUAGUCGAAUCGGCUUCGCUCUGAAGAUGGACCUAUGGAAGGCUGCUGCGGACGAAAUGCGUGAAGAUGUGGUUGUGUGUCCUCUACUUCUGGCAUGGUGGACGCUGACGGUGCUCGCCGCGCCGCUAUGGAUUUGGCCGCUGCUGUUGAAUUUGAUUCUGGGGCUGUUCGCAUGGAGACUGGGCGGGUUGGGUUUCCGAGAAGCGCGCAAAGUGCAACGGCAGCUUUAUGUCGACGAGGAUGGUGUUGCGAGCAAGGACUUGGUGAAGGAAGCGUUUAAAACACAACUCAGCAUUAUGCAGCUUACGGAGACGUUGAACGAAGCUGCUUCACAAGUGGAGAAGUUGAAGUUUGUUUUCGGGCUGGAAGACCCAUGUCUGUCCAGCAUUUGCUUCGUGCUUGCGCUGUUGGCAUCACUGGUGCUGUGCGUUUUAACCGCCAUCCUGUACUGGCUGGUGCAGUCCGGGGCGUGGAGGUACAUCCUCUGGCUCCCGGGAAGCUGUGUACUGAUGCCGAAGGCGUUGCGAUCACCCACCUUCCAGUUCGUGCAGAGACUGGAAAAGCUGAGACUGGAGUUCAUGGGCGACGAUCUGGACAGGAUCGUCCGUGGCUUUUGGCAACGCAUGCCUGAUGGCACGGAGGCUUCCCACCUCCACCUCUUCAGGCACCAUGUGCUUUGUGACUAG